CCGGAUCGUAGGGUUAUGUGCACCUCUAACGGUCUUACGUCGCCAGACGCACACCAAUUCGUAAAACUCAAAGUUCAUCCCUUUCCUGACAUUCCCCCCCAAAUCUCCAUGUUUCUUCGUUUUCAAAUUGGGGGAGAAAGACAAGGACAAAAACGUUAUUGUUCUUCUCCCCACACACUACAAUUUACAGACUUCCAUUUGAUCGUCUUUUGUAUAUAGAUACACGCAUUUAUAUACAUAUUUAUACGUAUAUAUAAUUUGUAAUAAUGUCGGAAGAGGAGAAGUUGCUGAAAGAUGCGAAGAAAUUGCCAUGGGAGGCUCGAUUGUUACACAAGAACUGGAAGGUGCGUAACGAUGCCAACAUUGACCUUGCCGCCCUCUGCGACUCUAUCAUUGAUCCUAAAGAUAAUCGCAUCCGUGAAUUGGGUCGUUACUUUAAGAAAACCAUUGCUGAUUCGAAUGCUCCUGUACAAGAUAAGGCGCUUGAUGCCCUAAUUGCUUACUUAAAAGCCGCGGAUGCUGAUGCUGGAAGGUAUGCCAAGGAAGUUUGUGAUGCAAUUGUGGCAAAAUGCCUUACUGGGAGGCCAAAAACGGUGGAGAAGGCACAAAUGGUGUUUAUGCUUUGGGUGGAAUUGGAGGCUGUGGAUGCAUUCCUGGAUGUUAUGGAGAAAGCCAUAAAAAACAAAGUUGCUAAAGCUGUUGUUCCUGCCAUAGAUGUGAUGUUUCAAGCUUUAAGUGAAUUUGGUUCAAAAGUUGUGCCACCAAAGAGAAUAUUGAAGAUGCUUCCGGAACUCUUUGAUCAUCAAGAUCAAAAUGUUCGUGCUUCAUCUAAAGGGUUAACACUUGAGCUUUGUCGUUGGAUUGGUAGAGACAAUGUUAAAUCCAUACUGUUUGAGAAAAUGCGGGAUACAAUGAAAAAAGAGUUGGAGGCUGAGCUUGUCAAUGCCACAGGGGCUGCAAAGCCUACUCGGAAAAUAAGAUCUGAGCAAGACAAGGAAUUAGAACAGGAAGUUGUGGGCUCUGGCCCAGCUGGUGAAGAAUCUGCUGCUGAGAUUCCUGAGGAAAUUGAUGAGUAUGAACUUGUUGACCCUGUUGAUAUCUUAACACCAUUGGAGAAGUCAAAGUUUUGGAAAGAUGUGAAAUCUAACAAAUGGUUGGAGAGGAAAAAUGCUGUUGAGGGAUUGAAUAAGCUUGCGUCGACAAAGAGGAUUGCUCCUGGAGAUUUUAUAGAAGUAUGCCGUGCACUUAAGAAGCUUGUUAUGGAUGUAAAUCUUGCUGUAUCAGUAGAAGCAGUCCAGGCAAUUGGAAAUCUUGCAUCGGGAUUAAGAACACAUUUUUCUGCAAGUUCACGCUUCCUGUUGCCUAUUUUACUCGAAAAACUAAAAGAGAAAAAGCCUACUAUGGCCGAGGCACUCUCUCAUACUCUCAAAGCAAUGCACAAGGCUAAAUGUUUGACUCUUGCUGAUAUUGUCGAAGACGUUAAAACAGCUGUCAAAAAUAAAGUUCCACAUGUGCGUUCACUAACAUUGAAUUGGGUAGCAAAUUGUGUUGAGACGAGCAACAAGGCUACUAUUCUUAAAGUGCACAAGGACUAUGUUCCAAUUUGCAUGGAGUGUCUGAACGAUGGAACACCUGAAGUUAGGGAUGCUGCAUUUUCAGUUUUGGCAUCAAUAGGAAAGAUGGUUGGCAUGAGGCCUUUGGAGAAGUCAUUGGAAAAACUUGAUGAUAUCAGACGAAAGAAGCUCUCAGAAAUGAUUGGUAUUUCUGGAUCUGGUGCUUCAACUGUGGGACCCUCAGGUGAAACUGUAUCAUCUGCCCAGGCUUCUGAUGGAACUGUUGUUAAAAAGUCAGCUGCAAGCAUGCUUAGUGGGAAAAAUCCUGCUCCUGCUGCUCCUGCUGGUAAGAAGGUGGCUUCGGGAAAAACAGGUGCUAGCAAGAAAGCAGAUGGACCAAGUCAAAGUCAAACCAAAACAUCUGGUCAACCUGAAGAUGUUGAGCCAGGUGAAAUGAGUCUUGAAGAGAUUGAAACAAGAUUAGAAUCUCUGAUUCAAGCACAAACUAUUGCUGAUUUGAAAAGCAAUGCAUGGCAAAAACGAUCUGAAGCACUUAAUUCAUUCAAACAAGAAGUUGAAGCACUCCAGCAACUUGACAAGUCAGUUGAUAUUUUAAUCCGUCUACUCUGUGUUGUUCCUGGUUGGAGUGAUAAACACAUAAAGGUCCAGCAACUGGUGAUUGAAGUUGUCAACCAUAUAGCUUCUACUGCACCAAAGUUCUCAAAAAAAUGUGUUGUACUUUGCAUAGGAGGGCUUUAUGAAAAAUUGGCUGAUAUUAAGACACGUACUCAAGCUAUGAAAUGUCUAACAACUUUCUCUGAGGCGGUGGGCCCAGGUUUUAUUUUUGAAAGGAUGUUCAAGAUAAUGAAAGAGCAGAAGAACCCUAAGAUUAGUGAGGGCCUGUUGUUGUGGAUGGUUUCUGCAGUUGAAGACUUUGGUGUCGCACAUCUUAAAUUGAAGGAUGUAAUUGAUUUUUGCAAAAAUAUUGGCUUACAAUCAAGUGCAUCUGCUACUAGAAAUGCUACCAUUAAACUUAUUGGUGCAUUACACAAAUUUGUUGGUCCUGAUAUUAAAGCGUUCUUUUCAGAUGUCAAGCCAUCCCUUCUUACUGCAGUUGAGGCAGAGUGUCAAAAAAAUCCUUUUGAGGGUGCAGGCACAAAACCAAAGAAGACUGUCAAGGCAUCAGAUGCUGCAUCAUCAUCAAUGUCUGGUGGUGGCUUGGAUGGCUUGCCACGUGAGGACAUUAGUUCAAAAAUACCACCAGCCCUUCUUAAAGAAUUUGAGAGUUCGAAUUGGAAAGUUCGUUUGCAAUCUAUUGAAGCAGUAAAUAAAAUCGUGGAAGAAGCCAACAAGCGUAUUCAGCCUAAUGGAACUGUGGAAUUGUUUGGGGCUCUUAGAGGUCGGUUGUAUGACAGCAACAAAAAUAUAACCAUGGCUACUUUGACCUGUAUAAGUGGUCUUGCAUCUGCUAUGGGACCCGCAGUUGACAAGUCAAGCAAGGGCAUUUUAUCAGAUGUUUUGAAAUGUCUCGGUGACAACAAAAAGCAGAUGAGAGAAUGUACAUUGGCAACUUUGGAUUCUUGGGUUGCUGUUACUCACCUCGAUAAAAUGGUACCAUAUAUUGCUACUUGUUUGACUGAUGCUAAACUUGGUGUCGAAGGACGGAAGGAUCUUUUUGAUUGGUUAUGUAGACAACUUACAGGAUUAGCAGAGUUUCUUGAUGCCAUUAGUUUGCUGAGACCAGUUGCUAUUGCUAUGACGGGCGAGGUCGGUGGGUGGUGGAUGUUGGUGGGUCGGACGCCGGCGGUUGUGGGGACGGCGGGGUGGUAG